CUUCAGCAGGCAGACCGUCAAGCUCAAAAAGACACAAGGCUCAUCCGCUCGCCUCCCCAUUGACGUCAGUCCGGUAUCACAUGAACCAGCGGCGGCCAAUCGGCGCGGCGCUGCCGGAGAGAGCUGGCUCCUUUACAGCAAGAUAGGGGAGGGAGGCGGAAUAAAAGGAAACCGAGCCAGUGAGCCUGUAAUGAGCACAAAACCCGACAGAGGAAGCGAGACAAGCCGCAAUUGGAUCUUUCUUUCCUCUUCGUCCUACUCCUCGCGUCUUUCUGGCGGUGGAUUUAUUCGUUUUGGCACCGAGGCGGCGGAGGGAAUGGAUAAUAAGGCCAUGGCGCUAACGUACUGAAGUCGCUCCUUUUUGGCAAGAAGAGACUCGAUUCAUGGAGCAAAAUGGCGGAUUGUUUACAGUGUAUCGUAAAAAAGGCUCCCCGUGUGGAUAUCCUGCCAUAAAACUACUCGAAGGCUCCUUGAGCGGCCUCGUCUCCAGUAAUUAGUCGGGUUCUAGCACCACUCGGUAGGUAGACACCCCCUCCCCCAGCUCCAGCUCCACAAUAGACAUCGUUCAUUUUGCUACAUCUGCGCCCACUGUACAUGUCGGCCUCCCCUCCUCGUUUAGGACCGCGGUGGGAUUACUAAAACAUGGAUUUCAACAGCACCGGGGGAGGCAACGAACUGCACAACAACCAGUUUUAUCAAUGCGAGGAGAGCAAGCCUCUACUGGGGGACAUGUCGGAGGGCAACAACAACGCCAAAGUGGGCGCGGGGCCGUGUAAGCGCAGCCUGCAGCAGCACUGCAGCAGCAGCGGGAUGCGCUACAAGCUGCUCCACGAAGGGGACAUCCAGGUGUGCGUGGUCAAACACCCACGCACCUUCCUCAGCAAGAUCCUCACCUCCAAGUUCUUGCGGAGAUGGGAGCCGCAUCACCUCACGCUCACGGACAGCAGCCUGACCUCGGCCACCCCUACUGGUUACAUGGAGACGUCGUUGUCUUACAGCUCCAUAGAGGACCUGCAGCUCCUUUCAUGGGACAAUGCACCAAAGUACUGUGUCCAGCUAAGCUUUCCUGGUGGCACUGUCCUGCUGCAGGCCGCUAACAGCUACUUAAGGGACCAGUGGUUUCACUCCUUACAAUGGAAGAAAAAGAUCUACAAAUAUAGAAAGGUGUUGAAUAAUCCAAGUCGCUGGGAUGUAGUACUAAAGGAGAUCAGAGCGCUAGUGGACAUGGCCCUGACCUCACCACUGCAGGAUGAGUCCAUCCACCAGGCCCCUCUACACAUCAUCUCCACUCUGCUAGCUGAGAACUCCAAUCUCAGCUCACAGGAUCAUGAGAACAUCAUUGUGGCUAUUGCACCUCUUCUGGAAAACAACCACCCACCCCCAGAUCUGUGCGAGUUCUUCUGUAAGCACUGCCGGGAGCGUCCGCGUUCAAUGGUGGUUAUAGAAGUGUUCACUCCUGUGGUGCAGAGAAUCCUCAAACACAACAUGGAUUUUGGAAAGUGCCCUCGACUGCGCCUGUUCACUCAGGAGUACAUAUUGGCUCUCAAUGAACUCAAUGCAGGAAUGGAAGUUGUCAAGAAGUUUGUCCACAGCAUGCACGGGCCAACAGGGCAGUGCCCUCACCCUCGUGUUCUGCCAAACCUGGUUGCAGUAUGUCUUGCUGCCAUUUACUCCUGUUAUGAGGAUUUCAUUAACAGUCGAGACAACUCUCCAAGCCUGAAAGAAAUCAGAAAUGGCUGCCAGCAACAGAAUGAUCGCAAGCCUCCAAUGCCACUCCGCCUGCUACGCCCAGAGCCCCCGACGCCGCCUUCUGCCACCCUGCUACACCUCUCCUCUAACCUUACUCCUCCUCAGCCACCGCCUCCUGCUCCUCCAAACCUUCCACCUUCAAUCCCCAUAUCAUCCCCAACACCCUCCCUUCCCCUCUCUCCGCCGCCGUCUGUGGUCAACUCCAGCGAGAUCCUGGUGGAGUUGGAGCGCAACAACAACUCUGCCAACACAAAGCAAAAGCCAGACGCCAAUAGUGAACCCAACCUCAUUGACUGUCUGCUGGUCAGCCCGGCUGUCAACACUCUGUCCAUUCAGCUGCCAGCGCAGGCUGACCGCGUGCUUGGCUGCUUUGCGCUCAUUCUCAAGAUGCUGUCUGAUUAUGAUGACUGGAGACCUGCGCUGGCCAGCCUGUUGCAGCCCAUUCCUUUUCCUAAAGAGGCCCUUGCACAUGCCAAAUUUACAAAGGAACUAAAAUACGUAAUUCAGAGGUUUGCACAGGAUCCAAGGCAAGAGGUCCAUUCUUGUCUACUCAGUGUGCGUUCAGGAAAAGAUGGCUGGUUUCAGCUUUAUAGUCCAGGAGGCGUGGCCUGCGAUGACGAUGGAGAGUUGUUUGCCAGUAUGGUCCAUAUCUUGAUGGGCUCUUGCUAUAAGACCAAGAAAUUCCUCCUCUCUUUGGCUGAGAACAAGCUGGGCCCCUGCAUGCUAUUGGCGUUGCGUGGGAACCAGACAAUGGUGGAGAUUCUAUGUCUGAUGCUGGAGUACAACAUCAUCGAGAACAAAGACACCCAGCUGCAGAUCAUCUCCACCCUGGAGAGCACCCAAGUGGGCCUGCGUAUGUACGAACAACUCUGCGAACGACAGCGAGAGCUCAAAGAAUUGCAAAGAAAAGGAGGCCCCACCCGCCUGACUCUUCCUUCCAAGUCCACGGAUGCGGAUCUUGCUCGCCUGUUGAGUUCAGGUUCUUUUGGGAACCUAGAAAAUCUCAGCCUGGCCUUCACAAACGUCACCAGUGCCUGUGCCGAGCAGCUCAUCAAGCUGCCUUCGCUCAAACAGCUUAACCUGUGGUCCACUCAGUUUGGUGAUGCAGGAUUGCGGUUGUUAUCAGAGCACUUGGCCUGUCUUCAAGUGCUGAACCUGUGUGAGACCCCCGUCACUGAUGCUGGUUUACUGGCUCUCAGCUCCAUGAAGAGUUUGUGCAGUCUGAACAUGAACAGCACCAAGCUUACAGCUGACACCUACGAGGACCUCAAGGCCAAACUGCCCAACCUCAAAGAUGUGGAUGUUCGGUACACAGAAGCCUGGUGAUGGACCCCCCUCAAAUAGCAUGUACGGGUAACCAGACUCUCACGAGAACUGAAAGCAGGUUAUGUUCGCCAGGUGUUUGUCGCCAUCAUCAAAGCAGGAUCUCGGACAACAUUCAUCACACACGGAGGAAACGGCUUGCUUUUGAAGUGUAAACCUCCCGUUUUCUCAAAGUACGGAAGCUUUAUGGAACUUGUCGCACCCCCUCUCACUGUUGCCGAUGUAUAACGGACCCUUUUUGCUAAUUUGACGAGGCGACGUUCAAGGACCUUGUAACAAAAGAUAUCAUUUUAGCUCCAUCGUCCAACUGUUUUUAUCUAUCUCGUGAUGAAGCGCUUACAUUCCAGCUCUUCUCCACUCUGAUCUAAGCUGUAGCGAUCCAAUCAAUUCGAUCUUGCACCCUUCAAUUCAAGUCUGACUUUGUUUGGGGACGGUGCUACCUUUUUUUUUCCUGUUCCGUAUCUGCAGAGACAAACGCAGACACACAGAAAAACGGUUUUUACCUGCUUAAAUGAACAUAUUUUUCCAGGCCGUCUGCGCUUUCAUAUUAUGUGUGUUUAUAUGUUGAUGAAUGUCAGUAAUGGCAUUUGAGAAUGAUCUUUGUAGGAGAACUGAACAGUGACAGCAAAAUCUGCCCCUUUUUAAGUUCUUAGUGUACAUUCUGAAUCAUAUUUAGUAGGACUUCUGUGUAGCAGUAGCUGGGUGGUCUGGGACUGCCUCUUAUUUAUAAGCCUCUAAUACUCUGUUGGAUGUAAUCCUGGCGGGGAAGAUGUAAACAGACUCUGUUCUUUCUUUGCUUCUUUUGGACACUUCACACACAAAGCCAACCUCUCUGUACUUUGCUACUAUGCUACGGUGGUCGCAUGGACUUGUUCAUGUCCACCUCGAAACCAGCUAAGAGUUUGUGUGCUUUGUAUUUUGGCCCUACACGGAGAAACAUCAUCAAACCUAAUUUUGUUGCAUCAAGCCAACACAAGUGUCUGACAUCUUGUGUACGUUGGAAGUCUUGUGACCGCUGACUCUUUCUGGUGUUGUAUUUCAUAAUUUCUAAUCAAAACAGAGAGACACAAUUCAUGUAUAUAUUAUAAAUGUGGGCUAUCAAUGAAAAACAGUUUUUUUCUCCAUCAACAUUCCCUCAUUUAAAUGUAGUAACCGCCCUGACGCACUGAAGCCAGUCAGGUUAACCUGUUUUUCACACCCAUUUUGCUCUAUUUGACCUUUUUCAUUUGGUUUGUGCCAUUUGCAGAAAGCUCCAGGUUGUGAAGCCGUCCACUGCGAGAUAUUUACUUUCCUAUUUAUUGGCUGCCCCGCGGUUUUCUGUUUGGUCAGUAGAUUUCGGGCAAUUUCUGGGACUGGGUCAAAAUUUAGGACCUGGUGGUAAUUUUCAUAUCCUGUAAAAUGUACAUAGAAUUGUAUAUAGUCUCUCUUUUACUAUGUUUAAGCCCUUUUUCUUUGUCAUCUUCUUUUCUGUACUGGUUUUUGGCCUCCUCUCAUUGGUAGGCCCAUGUUGCCUUGGUUUUUCGCAAAGUGUGUGUGUGUGCGUGCGUGUGUGUGUGUGGUCGUUUUGUUGUUUCACACAAAGUGCACUGUAAUCUAAAGGAUGUGUUUUAAGACAUACUAUUUUUUAGCUUUCCUGAUUUGAUGAUUACAUGAAUUAGAUGUGUCGCUUGUGUUUUGUUGGUAUCGUUUUUCAGGUUUAUUUUGCAUGUCUCUAAUAUUUUACUGGUGGUUUGAAACCGUGAUAUAAAAGGCCUGAUCACUAUCUGAAUGGAAAAAUCGGGUUGUUUCCAGGAGCCGCUUGUAAGAUCUUGUCAUAAUUGGUACAGUCAAGCUGAGGCUGUACUUACUCAUUUGUACUAUUAACUGAGACUUGACCAAACAGGAUGACCACUCUAUUUAUGAAAAGCAUUUCCUUCAACAAAAGUGCUGUUAAACUGCUACCCGACUCUUUCAGGAGCUCCACCUUCAAUGGCCAAAUGUCCUUCAAUUGCUGUACUUGUGUUUACAAUUCCAUGUUUUGUCUUGAUUGAUAACCACUGUCACAUUUGUACGCUACAUGUGGACCUAUUAUUCCUUUUGAACAACUAGAAAAUAGAGAGCUGAUUGGUGCAAAUCUAUGACAAAAUCUCAGUAAAUGCAUGGAGGAAAUAAAAGUACAGUGGUACCUCAACUUAGGAGCUUAAUGGGUUCCGUGACCGACCUCUUGACUCAAAACACUUGUAUUUCGUAUUGAUAUCAAUGUAAUUGGUGCUUGCCCCUCUUGAACAUCACACUUUUAAGAUCUAACAUGAAUUUUGGAUAGUAAAUACUGUAUAAAAAGUUAAAUAUAAUGUACAACUAACAAUUACAAUAGUUUAAUGAAGUAAUGUAAUAAUAAUGUACAACAUUUACCUUGGAAAGUGGACUUCUACGGUAUCACCUUCCAGCCACCUUUCUGUCAAACACACCAUCAGCAGCUGUUUCCGUCAAAUUUUUGAUGAUUUUUAUUUAUUUUUUUUAAUUCAUUAAUACCAUCCACUACUUAUUUUGCUCAGCACUUCAAGAUUCCUGAAUCGGAAUCGUGAGGUGGCCAAAGAUUGCCCUCCUCUAGCAUGUACUAUAAAGGGCAUCACCACAGAUACUCUCAUUUAUUGCACAUGUUCAUGUUAACAGGCUGCUACAGCACCUGCAGCGUUUUGCUGUGUUUUUAAACAAGCAGGAGAUAUGUACACUUUAGAAGCAGUCUUGUGGUGCAUUUACUGUACAUUGGCACCGCUUUUUUGUUUUCCAGCUGAAAGUUUGGUCAUUAGGGAGAGGCUGCACAUUACUCUGCUCAAAAUGCAAAAAAAAUUAUACUUAAAUCCUUUUUUUCAUAUAAGAAAUAUAAAAUAUAUAUUCUGUGGGGAAAAACGGCAAAAGGAAUUGAAUUAGAUGUAUUCAGCCUCUGAAGUCCUCAUAGCAGCUCUAAAAAAUACAAAUAUAUUAAUUUCUUAAAUAAGUAAUAUGCUUAAUAUUUGUUUUAAUAAUUUUUAUUUAUAUUUGUAAUAAUUAUUUUCCAAAAAAUAACACCAGUCAAAACAUAUAACCAACAGGAAAAACAAGACAAAGCAAAUAAAACCAAACAAAACAAAACAAUUACCCUCCCCACUCAAACACACACAUUCACUCAUCCAUUGAGAAAAGCUUACAUGAACUAGAAAAAAUCCAAAAUGAAAAAAAAAAUUAAAUAACAAAAUAAAGAUAAUAAUAAUAAAAAAAACAAUAAGGCAUACAUUAACCGUCUGACCAGCACAGAUCCUGCAGCAGUGUAUGGAACUGUAUUUUCACUUCCUUCCGACACCUGCUAAAUAAAACGCAAAAUAAUGCUUGCAAAACAGUGAUGAGUGUUGAUAAAUCACUUUGCGUGUGCUAAAAAAAAUAUGAUAGCAUUUUCUUCUCCCAGUAUUGCUUGUAUUCCAUCACGGGGAAGUGAAAAACAGUCGUGGUCAACCAGGCCAAGAUUGCUGUUGUGUAGCAAACAGAGUGCGAACUAUCCGAGUACACUGGGGGCCUAGAUCUUCCUGCAAAAAAAAGCAGAUACAAUCGAAAAAUCUAAAGAAGAUCCGUCGCGGGAUAUCAAGGAUUAUCCGUUGGUGGAGUUCUUAGACAUGUCUAACUGUCUGGUGCUCUAGACGUAAUUCUAAAAUAGAAACCUUGAAAACGCAAAGAGGUACACAACUCCUUUGUGUGUGACUGGGUCAAGGUAUGCAUCGUUGGGAUUGUAAAAGUGCGUUCAACUUUGCGUCCUUGUAAACAAACAGCGACUACGAGCACUCGACAACUGACACCUGUAACUGCAUUUCUAGUUAACAAAUUAACAAUUACUGAUGCAUCACCGUAUUUAAUUUUUGUCCUGUUAUCAUAUGUACUCUGAGACAUUUGUGUACAAAACAAACAAGAUGGGAGACGUAAAAGUACAUUUCCUGAAAAAGUAACAUUGAGCCUGACUUUGUGGUUUACGUUUUUUUUUUAAAUGAAGAUAAAACAAUAUCAAGAUAUACUUCAAUGGGAAACACUAAAGGGGUAAACUAUAUUAAAAAUGUAUCAAACUAACCUUUAACAAAGUGGUCACCGCAAACUUCUUCGACUGAGUGUGUGCCACUUCGUCCUUGUCAUUUCAAAAAAUCCUGCACCUUUUGGCCCAUCUUGAUUUACUUUUGAGGGAACUCGAAGAAAAGUGUUUUUUUUUAUUAAUUGACUGAGACUUUUAUUAGUAGAUUGCAAAGUACAGUACAUAUUCUGUACAAUUGACCACUAAAUGGUAACACCCGAAUAAGUUUUUCAACUUGUUUAAGUCGGGCAAUUUAUGGUUUAUCCUUUCCGUGAUUUGAAUGCUUCGUACAGCCGAAAACGACGCAAGUCUUGGGCAUUUUUCUUGGAAGAAAGGCUAAAUGGCGCCGAGUACCAAAUGAGAAGAGACGCUGACUUGACCACCGCGCAUAUUUAAUGUGCCGGACAGGAUGUCAUGAUCAGGAUAUAUUUUGCAUAAUAAUGAGGAUAAAGACGCAAAAUGUAUUGGACCUAAUUUUCUGCUCACGUAAUCCACUUUGCACACGUUUAGUAGAUCAGCUUCGCGCGUGCAAUCAAGUUUGCACAUGUUUUAGUACACGCAAACCUUUAGUAAAUCAGGCCCUAAGUUAGGACACUUUUAAGUUGAGGUACUACUGUACAGCCAAAAUCCACAGCGGUCCCCACAGAGUUUAUGUCAGUUUGAUUUGUUUUUGCACAUAUGUUUUGUAGCAACCAACAAUUUCACCGACGCUGGUUGACAGAUCUUUAUGUGUUUGGAAAAUGUCAAGCUGCCUGGGUUUUUUUGCAAAGACAUUCCAGCAGAAUGCAGCUUUCUUUUAGGCAAAGUUCUGCCUGGGAGCCAUUUUCUGUUCAGCAAGAUUUAAUGGUUUAAUUGGCCCUAAACAUAUUCUAAACAAUACAAUUAAAGUGGUAUUUAACAAUAUACCACUUUAAUUAUAUAUUGUUAAAUACGACACUCAUUUGCUAUGUCAUCUAUGUUCUGAAUUGUUCAGAUAGCAAAACGUGGACACUGCUUCAGAUUUAAGGUUGUGAUCAAAAUUAUUCAACCGCCACACAAUUUUGGUGUUUUAGCAAGUUGGACAUUUAUUCCGUAUUUUGUUUAUAGUCAUAUCAAAUAAAGAUGUGUCAAAUAGACAAAUGCAACUUAAAUUGUAACACUGUAUUUUACAAAAUACCAAAAAAGUAAAUUUUUCUUAAUAUCUCAUUGACAAAAUGAUUCAACCCCCUAGUUACAUGCAUCUUUAGUACUUAGUAGAACACCCUUUGGCGGUAUUUACAUCCUUCAGACGUGAUACAUAACCGGACACAAGCUUCUUGCAACCAUCUACAGGUAUUUUAGCCCAUUCCUCUUGGGCAAAGGCCUCCAGUUCAUUCAUAUUCUUGGGCUUGCGUGCUGCAACUGCCUUCUUCAAGUCCCACAACAGGUUUUCUAUAGGAUUUAGGUCUGGCGACUGUGAAGGCCACUCCAGAGUCUUCCAGCCUUUCUUCUGCAACCACUCUGAUGUUGAUUUGGAGGUAUGCUUGGGAUCGUUGUCCUGUUGGAAGGUCCAACGUCUCCCAAGCCUCAGCUUCGUCACUGACUUCAUGAAAUUUGCAGCGAUUAUAUCCUGGUAGGAAAUAGAAUUCAUAAUGCCUUGAACGCGCUGGAGAUUCCCGGUACCUGAGGCAGAGAAACAGCCCUUGAGCAUGAUUGACCCCCCACCAUGCUUAACAGUAGGCAAGGUGUUCUUCUCUUUGUAAGCUUUAUUUUUUCUCCUCCAGACAUAAUGUCGGUUCAUAGGCCCAAAGAGUUCCAGUUUUGUCUGAUCACUCCAUAGAACAGUUUCCCAAAACCUUUGGAGUUUGUCCAGAUUAUUUUUGGCAUGCUGGAGUCUAUUUUUCUUGUGCCUGGUAGUCAGAAGUGGGAUGCGCCUGGGAGUUCUGGCAUGGAGGCCUUCUUCUCGUAGUGCGCGCCUUAUUGUCUGGGACGAAACCUGCGUUCCCCCCUCUGCAAUGUCCUGUUGUAGUACCUCAGCUGUUACCCGGGGGUUUUUCACCACUGUACGCUUCAAAUACCGGACAGCAUCCUCUUUCUACCACGCCCAGGUAGUGUUUCCACUGUGCCUUUAGCUUUAAACUUGCGAAUCAUGCUCCCUACUGUGUCUCUUGGAAUGUGUAAUGUCUUUGCUAUUUUCUUAUAUCCAUAUCCUUUCUUAUGAAGAGAAAUUACCUCCUCUCUUGACUUCUUUGACCACUCCCUGGACUUCACCAUGUUGCAAAUACACCAUUGACCAUCUACAAGAAGCUGAGCGUCAGUCUUUUUCAAUCAGUUUAAUUGUUGCUCGUUAUGGUUCUAAUCACACCUACAGGUGUUUUCAACACCUGAUUGAAAAGAUCUCAUUCAAAUUCUGUUCUUAAGAGUUAUGAUCUUUAAGAGGUUGAAUAAUUUUGUCAAUGAUAUAUUAACAGAAAUGACACUGUUUGGUAUGUUACAAAAUAUAAUGUUGUAUUUCAAGUUGCAUUUGUCUAUUUGACGCAUCUUUAUUUGAUAUGACUAUAAACAAAAUACGGAAUAAAUGUCCAACUUGCUAAAACACCAAAAUUGUGUGGGGGUUGAAUAAUUUUGAUCAGAACUGUAGCUUCUCUGUACAAAAUGUGGCAAAAAUGACUCCUGCAUCCUUCAGUGGACAAAGUCUGGACACCCCUGUGUUAGACGUAAUAAAGAAACAGCAAUUUAUCUAUGUUUCACCAAGAAUUGACGACUUUUCUCAAUGCUAAUUGAGCCACUUGUUCAUAUUAUGGUUGGACUACAGGUGCCUAUGUUUUUUUCCUAUUUCUGUAUGUGGGGCUUUCCUCCUUUCGCUGUUGUGUUUUCCCCUCUCUUGCUUUCUCAAUCAUCACAUGUUUGUGUUGUUGAACUCACCACAAACAAUCAUUUAAAUAGAAAAAAAAACAUACAAUUUAAGGAGUAAAGUCAGAUUUGACACAUCUGACAGACUGAAACAGAAAAAAAAAAUCUUAUUAUCCCUUACUAUAUUUAUUUAUUUUUUUGGCAGCUGUAAAGGGUGCGCAUCUUGUUUGUCCUUCAUUUUUGGUCUUUCUCAGCAUCGGUCUGCUUCUACUGCUGGGUUGUUAUUAUUAUUGUUAUUAUUAUUGCUGCUGCUAAUGUUCUGUGGCUGUAAUAAAACAAAAAUGAUCUUCAAGGUGAUGUGAAAUAAUUUUAAGCAGAAAUAAAUUGUCUGUGAAUAUGU